GAAUAGAAAAGUCUCUAUUAAAUACACAACAUAUAAGCAGUUGACGCAACAUUGUCAAAUAGUAGGAUUUGAUAUCUCUUUUAUCUGAAUAACUAUAUUAUGAGUACAGUGAAUUCUAAAAUACAAUAUUAAUAUAAAUUUAACAUGACAAAAUACAUGAAAACCAUAUAUGAGAAUUUUCAGUCUCAACCAUCGCUUAAAAUUGAAGUCAAAAAUUAUCUGGAUGAUUUCUUCAAUAAUAAUAAUUAUGAUUCGCAUAUUAAAAAACCAAUUAAAAAAAUUAAAGAAAGUAAAUUAUAUCAGUUAGUAAACUUUACUGCUUAUGUUGAAAAAUUAUAUGGCACAGAUUGA